GUGUGUGUGUGUGCGUGCGUGCGCGUGCACGAAUCUCACUUUCCACAUUGCAGUUCAUGGAUCUAACACGCAUUGUAGCGUCAUUGUUUCUCGUGUGUGUGAGCUCAGUGUGGGCCCGAGUGCUCCUGCUGACUGACAUGUACGGAACCCUGCAUUCGCCUGGCUUUCCCGAGCCGUAUCCGAAGGACAGCGAGAUACAGUGGAAUAUCAGUGUUCCGGAAGGAUAUUGGAUCCGCCUUUACUUCGUUCACUUUGACAUUGAGCCGUCGUACCUGUGCGAGUAUGAUUAUGUAAAGGUAUCCUCAGAGAGCGAGGAGCUAGCAGUUUUUUGUGGAAAAGAGAACACAGACACAGAACGCGUUCCUGCUGACGAUGUUAUCUUAUCACCAGGGAACCUUCUCGGUGUGGCAUUUCGCUCCGACUUCUCCAACGAGGAGCAUUACUCUGGGUUCGAAGCUCACUACAGUGCAGUGGAUAUCGAUGAGUGUAGAGAAAAAAAUGAUGAAGUCGGGGCCUGUGAUCACUAUUGCCAUAACUACAUUGGCGGCUACUACUGCUCCUGUCGAUAUGGACACCAGCUUCAUUCCGACAACCGCACAUGCAAAGUGGAAUGCAGUGACAGUGUGUACACUGAGGGUUCCGGAGUGAUUGCCAGUGCAGAUUUUCCCAAGGCGUACCCUAAAAGCUCUGACUGCCUCUACCGAAUCAGACUGGAGAAGGGCUUCUCGGUCACACUGGAUUUCGAUGCUACCUUUGACAUUGAAGAUCACCCCGAUGUCACCUGCCCCUAUGACCACGUUAAGAUUCAGGCAGGAGAGAAAGUUUUUGGCCCGUUCUGCGGAGACAGAUCACCUGGAAGGAUCCAGACAGGAAGCAAUGUUGUGAACAUCUUGUUUCACAGUGAUAACUCAGGAGAGAACUUGGGCUGGAAGCUCACCUACACUUCUACAGGCAGCGAAUGUGCAGUUCUUCUGCCUCCACCUAAUGGUCAAUUGGAGCCAUUACAGCCUAAAUACUUCUUCAAAGAGCACAUCACGGUGACUUGUGACACUGGCUACUCGUUAGUAAAGGAAAGAGAGGAGUUUGAGCAUUACCAGAUAGAGUGCCAAGCAGAUGGAAACUGGAGCAGCCAUCUACCAGUCUGUCAAAUGAUUGAUUGUGGUCCGGUCGACGUAACUUUAGGAGACGUGGAGUAUACUAACUCCAGCAACAGUACUACAUUGGGAUCCAGGAUCCUCUACAGCUGCAAGAGCUCACCUGGAGAACAGAGUGCAUAUAUGUGUGACAGGAGCGGUGUGUGGAUAAAUGAGGAUGGAGCCGCAAUUAGAACGUGCCGAGCAGAUCUGGAGAAUAGCACACAAUCGGAUUCGGAAUUCCAGCCACCUAGUACAACAGUGAAAUCCCAAGCAGCAUGCGGCGAGGAGUCACGGCCGUUUCCAUCACACCAAAAGCGUAUCGUGGGUGGACGUGCAGCCUUUCCGGGUCUUUUCCCCUGGCAGGUUUUGUUGUCUGUGGAGGACACAUCCCGGGUUCCUACAGCUCGCUGGUUUGGUAGCGGUGCCCUCCUGUCCUCGGCGUGGGUCCUCACGGCUGCUCAUGUGCUUCGCAGGCAGCUCAGGGACCACUCGGUUGUCCCCGUGGCCCCUGCACAUGUGCAAGCUACGCUGGGGCUCACGGACGUCCGGGAUAAAAAGCUUGCCAUCAAUUGCUCUGUUGAAACGAUUAUCCUCCACCCAGAAUUUGACCCACACAACUACAACAACGACAUCGCACUGGUCAAACUCAGCCCGGGGAUGGUACUGAAUGAGCUGGUGAGGCCUGUUUGUUUGCCCCCACCGUGGGUCAAAGGUCAAACUCGUAUGCCCUUGCCGAACACGCUAGGCGUGGUUGCCGGUUGGGGGAUCAACAUGCCAAAUAGCUCUGCCUUGUACAGCGGGGUAACCUUUGACCUCGGAGUUGUCUCGGAGGUGCUGCAGUACGUUAAAUUGCCAGUUGUGCCGCAGGACGAGUGCAAAGCCAGCUAUUUCUCUCGAUCGGCAAGCUACAACAUCACCGAGAACAUGUUCUGUGCCGGGUUCUAUGAAGGAGGACAGGAUACGUGUUUAGGGGACAGUGGGGGAGGAUUUGUAAUAAAGGACCCCUACAGUGGGAGAUGGGUAGUGCACGGUCUGGUGUCUUGGGGCGGCCCAGAGGGAUGCGGAAGUCGACAGGUGUAUGGGGUGUACACCCGAGUGGCAAAUUACGCAAAUUGGCUGCACAAAACGAUGAACACCGAGUGCUGGUGGUGACACAUGCAGGCAGACUGUAGGGGGACGGGGUGUUUGUUUCUGAAUCAUUUAACUUAUUCUGUAUUUUCAUUAUAGGUCAACCGAUAGUGGAUUUUACCGAUACCGACACCUAGGUUGGAUCUUACUUGCUAUAACUGAUUAAUUAAUUAAAGACCAUAUAAAUUAAGACCAAGGAGAAGGUUUAUGGAUGUGGUGAGAGAAGAUAUGCUGUGGCGACUCCUAAU